CUACCUCACUGUGCAAAAAUGACAUACAGACAGGGAGGAAAAUCAACGGUGCAUAUGGAGGAUGCAUUCAAGGUUGCAGCUGAGAGGUUUGACCGCAUGGGACUGACCGCAUUCUGGCAUCUGUUGAGUGAGUUCUGGAACGCUGCCUGAUGUGGGUUACUGCGCAAUCCGUUCAUACAGCUGCAGGGAAUAUAUGUCCAGCACUGGGCACUCCGCACUCCCACCCGCACAGUCCACUAUGGAACGGAAAGGGGAUGACUGGCACAGGACCGAAGGAGAAAGAAGCCACCACAAGCCCGAGCAUGACGGAUGACAGGAGCGAGAUGCUGUAUAUUCUGGAGAAGCCCCAGAUGCGAGGCGAGGCGGAGCGGCUUCGAACUUUUGAAAACUGGCCGAGGGACGCACCAGUCACCACGGCCAACCUGGCCAGAGCGGGAUUCUAUUUUCUGGGGCCCGGGGAUAAGGUGCAGUGCUUCUGUUGUGGAGGGAUCCUGAGGAACUGGAUCCACGGGGACAGUCCGAUCGUCGAACACAAGAGGCAUUUCCCCACCUGUAGUUUCAUGCUGGGUAGAGCCGUUGGGAAUAUCCCGCUGUUUGUCAUCCCCGGGUCCCCUUCUGACUCCGUGGACGGCCAGCUGUUGAGCCAGCUCCAGAGGAUGACUGUGGACGACCAGGGGUCAGCCGGGCAGGCUGUCUACCCCGAGAUGGAGUUAGAGGAAUCCCGGCUAACCACCUUCCACAACUGGCCCACGGGUGCUUCGGUCCAGGCCGGUGUUCUGGUGAGGGCAGGAUUCUUCUACACAGGCUACGGUGACAACGUGAAAUGCUUUUACUGUGACGGAGGGCUGAGGAACUGGGAACCUGGAGAUGACCCCUGGCAGGAGCACGCCAAGUGGUUCCCACAAUGUGACUUCCUGAUCCAGAGGAGAGGGCGUGACUAUGUCAGUAAUAUCCAGGAUACCCACUUCCACAGAGAGACUGUGGGUGGAUCACAGACUCCGGUGUCCCGAGAAAUCACCUCAGAAAAUGAUGUGGUGGGUGGUCUGGGCGCACCCUCAGCCAUGUUGUCUCCUGUGGUCCAGACCGUGCUCCAGAUGGGGUUUGAGGCUGGCCUGGUGGAGAGUCUGGUCCAGACCAAGUACCUGCUGACCGGCCAGCACUACACCUCCGUGUCUGACCUGGUCACUGACGUACUGGCUGCUGAGGAGGAGGACAGGACCAGGGGGCUGCAGAGCAGAGUCCAGGAGCCGAUGGAGAGACAGGGGCCCAGUGCAGGAGGGGUCAGGACACAAACACCCAUCAGAGAAAAAGCAGUUGGAGACCCCACCCCUGAGGAGCUCCUGCGUCAGCUGCAGGAGGAGCGGACCUGUAAGGUGUGUAUGGACAAGCUGGUGUCCAUCGUCUUCAUCCCCUGUGGUCACCUGGUGGUGUGUAGUGACUGUGCUGCCAGCCUGCAUCACUGCCCCAUCUGCAGAGCCACCAUCAGAGGCAGCGUCCGAGCAUUCAUGUCCUGAGAGACACAUUCAAGUACAAGACCCUUGUGCUUUUGUUUGCCUUUGACAAAUGAAGAAAGAUUCUACAACCCCUCGGAGCGGCUCACAUCUUUCUAUAGGUGCUGUGAGAACGUUGUGAAAAUGUCCCCUGGAUGUUAGAUGCCUGACAGAUCUGAUCCACUCUCCUAACCUGAACACUGCUCUGCUGUUAAUUUGCCCUGCUCAAAAUACCCUCCAAAAUCAAAAUGGCCUCUUUUUGGCUGUAAUAGAAGUUGUUGAACAUAUUUAUUUUAAUACAAUAAACACAUUUGUAAUAUCAUUAUUGAUGUUUACAGAGAUCAACUGGGAGAGCAAGCGAAUCAGUCCAACUGCACAUCAGAUUAUAGUUAGUAUUUGUACAAAAUAUGAAUAAUCC